GGGCAUGGGUGAAUGAGAGAGUGAGCGGGGGCGGGCGCGGCGGCGCGAGCCUCAUGAAUGAGAGGAACGUGCCCCGCGCGAGACGCCGCGCGCACCCGGGCCGGGGAGCCAAUGGGAACGCCGGGAGGGCGCGAGCCCUGGCUCUGAGGGCCGCGGCCGCGCACCGGCACGAAGGCGAGCGUCGCGGGCGGGAGCGCGCGAGCGGGGCGGGCGUGGAGCGUGCGGGGGCCGCGCGCUGCCUCCUCUCUCAGCGGCCGGACGGCACUGCUGGGAAGCGGCGGUGACAACGACGGCGGCGGUGACGGGCGUGAGACACCAUAACGCAGCUCACCUCUGCAUCCGCAAAGCCCACGUUUGAAGACGGAAGAUCAGAGGCCUUGAGAAACUUGGAGACGGGGACACCUUUGGAGCUUUGCCUUUACCCACGGUGGUCUGUUAAAGCGUCGUCACGAGGACGUGGCUCUUCAUCGCUUUCUGCUUGCUGGGAAGAACAUGGCUUCGUGGAUUUUACGUUUCCCCUCAGUUUUGCAUGAACUCUAUGGGAAACAGAGCCUGUAAGAGGUCAGGAAGAGCGGGAAGAGAGUGAAGACGGCCAGGCGUGCUGCUCUCCCUCCCCCGUCAGAGAAGAGGGCUUACAGCGCAGCCCCGUGACAGCUGCUGCCCUGUGUUGGCCAUCAGGAAAGGAAGAAAUAAAAUUAAGGCGCUGUUGCCAGACAGCAGGCCCUGGUGAAGUCCAGGUGCGGGAGUGGUGGCCCCAGGAAGACGCCCAGAAGGGACAAGGACUGCAGCUACAAGAGCUUCUCUUGAAAGCUGACGGGGCCCUGGGUUCCUCUUGAGUCAAGAGAGGGGGCAGGGUGCCCUCGAGUGGAGCUGCUGCUGGGUCUCCUUGGGAUUGUGUGCCCACGCCGGAUGCCCUUGACUUUCGAAGUGCCGCCGUGUCCGAGCCGGGCUUCGGGCUGCCUGACUGUGUGCUUUGGCCACCUGCACCUGGCUUGUGUGCGCAGCCUGUGGUCGCAGGCCAGUUUCCAGACUCGCUCGGAUCUCCUAAUCUGCCCCCAGGCCUUGCCCCAGGGCCGGCUCCUCAGCACUUGAAGCCGCCUUUCCUGCCCGUGCUUUCCCCUCCUCCGGGACCUGUGACUGCAGUGCUCUUGGGAGGGGGCGGGUGCUACCUUGGCGGCUCCAGCCUCCCUGGGUUGGCGCCCUCUCCGCCGCCCCUCGCCCCGUUUCUUGCCUGUCCUGCCGCCGCGUGUGCCUGGGCUAUGCGGCAGGGCAGCUCUCCCUUCACAGCUCCAACAUGCCCUCAGAGUCUGGAAAGAGGUUCAAACCCAGCAAGUAUGUCCCGGUCUCCGCAGCCGCCGUCUUCCUAGUGGGCGCCACCACCCUCUUCUUCGCCUUUACGUGUCCAGGACUGAGCCUGUAUGUGUCGCCUGCAGUGCCCAUCUACAAUGCGAUCAUGUUUCUCUUUGUGCUGGCCAACUUCAGCAUGGCCACCUUCAUGGACCCAGGGAUUUUCCCUCGAGCGGAGGAGGAUGAGGACAAAGAGGACGACUUCCGAGCUCCCUUGUACAAAACAGUGGAGAUCAAGGGCAUCCAGGUGCGCAUGAAGUGGUGCGCCACCUGCCGCUUCUACCGGCCGCCACGCUGCUCGCACUGCAGCGUCUGUGACAACUGUGUGGAGGAAUUUGACCACCACUGCCCCUGGGUGAACAACUGUAUUGGCCGCCGGAACUACCGCUACUUCUUCCUCUUCCUCCUCUCCCUGACAGCCCACAUCAUGGGCGUGUUUGGCUUUGGCCUCCUUUACGUCCUCUACCAUUUGGAGGAGCUCUCAGGCGUCCGCACGGCUGUCACUAUGGCAGUGAUGUGUGUGGCGGGCUUGUUCUUCAUCCCUGUCGCGGGCCUCACGGGAUUUCACGUGGUGCUGGUGGCCAGGGGACGCACAACCAACGAGCAGGUUACGGGUAAAUUCCGAGGAGGCGUGAACCCCUUCACCAAUGGCUGCUGUAACAACGUCAGCCGCGUACUCUGCAGCUCCCCAGCGCCUAGGUAUUUGGGGAGACCAAAGAGAGAGAAGACGAUUGUCAUCAGACCUCCUUUCCUUCGGCCGGAAGUGUCGGACGGGCAGAUCACUGUGAAGAUCAUGGACAAUGGCAUCCAGGGGGAGCUGAGGAGAGCGAAGUCCAAGGGCAGCCUGGAGAUCACGGAGAGCCAGUCCGCAGACGCAGAGCCGCCGCCACCCCCCAAGCCGGACCUGAGCCGCUACACGGGGCUGCGCACGCACCUCAGCCUGGCUCCGCACGAGGACAGCAGCCUGCUGGGCCAGGACAGCCCCCCGACGCCCACCAUGUACAAGUACCGGCCAGGCUAUAGCAGCAGCAGCGCGGCGGCCAUGCCUCACUCCUCCAGUGCCAAGCUGAGCCGCGGGGACAGCCUGAAGGAGCCCACCUCCAUUGCAGAGAGCAGCCGCCACCCCAGCUACCGCUCCGAGCCCAGCCUGGAGCCUGAGAGCUUCCGCUCUCCCACCUUCGGCAAGAGCUUCCACUUCGACCCCCUGUCCAGCGGCUCCCGCUCCUCCAGCCUCAAGUCGGCCCAGGGCACGGGCUUCGAGCUGGGCCAGCUGCAGUCCAUCCGCUCGGAGGGCACCACCUCCACGUCCUACAAGAGCCUGGCCAACCAGACGCGCAACGGCAGCCUGUCGUACGACAGCCUGCUCACGCCGUCGGACAGCCCCGACUUCGAGUCCGUGCAGGCGGGGCCCGAGCCCGAGCCGCCGCUGGGCUACACCUCGCCCUUCCUGUCGGCGCGCCUGGCCCAGCAGCGCGAGGCCGCCGGUGCGCUACGACAACCUGUCGCGCCACAUCGUGGCCUCGCUGCAGGAGCGCGAGAAGCUGCUGCGCCAGUCGCCCCCGCUGUCGGGCCGCGAGGAGGAGGCGGGCGUGGGGGACUCGGGCAUCCAGUCCACGCCGGGCUCCGGGCACGCCCCGCGCACCAGCUCCUCCUCUGACGAGUCCAAGCGCUCGCCGCUGGCCAAGACUCCGCUGGGCCGCCCCGCCGGGCCGCGCUUCGGCAAGCCCGAGGGGCGCCGGGGCCUCGCGUCCCCCGAGCCGGGCCCAGCUGCCCCUUUCUUGGGCAGGUCCACGUCUUACAGCAGCCAAAAAGCCCCGGCCAGCGUCUCGGAGGCGGAAGAGGUGGCCCUGCAGCCCCUGCUGACCCCCAAAGACGAAGUGCAGCUGAAGAGCGCCUACAGCAAAUCCAACGGGCAGCCGAAGAGCAUGGGCCCGGCCGCGCCCAGCCCCGGGCAGCCGCCGCUCAGCAGCCCUACGCGGGGCGGCGUGAAGAAGGUGUCGGGGGUGGGCGGCACCACCUACGAGAUCUCCGUGUGAGUCGCUGGCGCCUGCUGCCUACACCAAAGGGCCCGGGGCCACCUUCCCUCGAGGGCGCCCGCCCGGGACCUGGUGAGCGCCCUCGGAGGACAAGGGGCGGCCGGGUGCGCGCUGGGCCUGGGCCGGGAGACCGGGGAGCCGCCCGGCCCGCUCCCUGUGAAGCCGCCCUCCUCCUCCCCACCAGACUCAGUGGACGUUGUGCAAUGCUCGCUCUGGAGGGAACCAGAUCAUUUUUAAACCAGAAAUAAUUUUUUUUAUUAUUGUUACGGAUUCUAUUUUUUUCCUCUUCUGCGUUACCAGGUGUGUGUGUACAUAUAUAUAUAUUAUAUAUAUUAUAAAUAUCAAAGAAAUUAUAUAUCUAUCUGGGCUGGGAAGAUGGGAGGGCUGUGUAUAAGGAGGGAACGCCCCUCCUCCCCCUCCCCAGGCCAGCAGGAAGAGACCCAGCCCCCUCCGUGGGACCCCCGCCACCGCCUGGGAGCCAGCGCCCUGUUGCUGCCGGCGAUGGGUGGGGCUAGAGCAGGGCCGGGCCUGGCAGGGGUGGAGCCUGGGGAGGACGAAGAGUGGCAGGGGCUCCUGGCGCCCCAGGAAGGGGCAGAAGCCCUGGGUGGGGCCGGCUGCUUGAGCGCUCGCCUGGCCCGCUGGGCGGCAGCACUGCGCCCCCCUUCCUGGGGGAGGCAGCGGGGCCUCGUGAACCCCUCCCAGCUCUCCCCAGUUUACACGGUUAACGUCAAAUCAAGGACAGAAGAAUCCAAAAAGCAAUAUUUUUAAUCAUAUGCCAAAAACUGGGGGCGAGAGGAGGAGCGGCAGGCCCCGGCCCCGCCGUCGCGCUGUCCCCGGGUCGCCCUCAGCCCGGCCGGAUGGUGCUGGGGAGAGGGCUGCUGGGCUCUGACUACACAGGAAGGCCCGGCCUCCGCACAGAGGCCCAUUUAUUUUUAUUGAUUAGCCAUUUUAAACCAGCAAGGAAUAAAAAGAAACCCUGCUCUCACCA